CUACUAACCACAGAAUACACAUGGAAUGGAAAUCACAUAACCAACGUUUCAAAACAAUCGGAAAUAUUGAAGAUUAUUCAACUUAAACCACAAUAAAUAGCCAUACAAUGAAUGCCUUGAGAUUGUUAAUAAGAAAAAAUGCACGCAGCAUCAAUUUAUGCAGGAAAUUCUCAUCAAAUAUUUAUGAACCACCUUAUUUGGAUGCACUAAAACCCGUCGUGCCUUUGUAUGAUUCUUUAAAUAUAGAAGUGAGGGGCUAUGACUAUGCCAUCUUAGAAAGUUAUCAGGCUUUGAUAAAUAGCAUUGCAAAAGAAAUGGAAAUUGAUGUUGAAGAGGGCUGGGCACUGCCACCACAGGCAAUGCAAAUUACAACCCUCAAGCCUAACAGUGAUAUUAUUAACUCACAAUAUAAUUUGAAAAUCUACAGAAGAGUAUUGCAAUUGAAUGAUGUUUUUACAACACAAUUGCCAACAUUAUUAAGAGCAAUUGAAGCAUCAACACCUGCUGGUGUCUCAGUAAAAGUGGAAAAACACGAAUUCCACCACGAAGAAGAGCGCUAUAUCCCAGAUAAGGAUUUGCUCACUUUAAAACAGGAACUUGAUGAAUUAGGUGGCGCCAAAAAGUCCAAGUAGUAAAAUAUCUUCAGUGUAUAAAAAUAGGCAAAUACAUAAUAUAAAUUAACAUUAAAUAUCUGAAUAAAUAGAGUUUUCAUAUGUAA